UAAUUGCGAAGGGGGUACUGGAAUCAGGCGCCAUUCACCUGAAAUGCGCCAGUGGCAUUGUAUAAUUCUGCUCGCUAAACAGUCUCGCCCCAGCAAAGUCAGGGAGAAGUCUCUUUAACGCAGACACCAUGCUUGCAGCUCUGAUCUGUGUGUGUGUGUGUGUUUGUAUAUGUGUGUCAGCCUCUCCCAUCUCCUCCCUGGCGCUAUUCUCCCUCACCGUCAGACAUCCGUCCACGCAACAAGAAAACGCUCCUCUAUCCUCCGAGCCGAUAGCAUUCAGACUCCAGCCAUUUAACAUUAACUGAUGGUCGGAAUUUAAAUAGCUCAGGGAGCAGCUCAGUGAAAGGCUUCGUCAGAAAGACGUCAUCCAGUUCUCCACGUCUACAGUGUUUGUGAGAGUCAGAGCUGCAGCAGAGACAGAAUCAGAGCCUCAGCGCUCCACACAAACCCCACUCCAACACUCUACACAGCCGCCUCCCAGCUCUUUACAGGAUAUUGCUUUCUUUUUAAUUGUUGUUUUUUGUUUCUUCCAAAAAAAUACAAGUGUAAAACGGGGUCAGCAAUCUGCGUGGAGGGAACCAGAAGGAAGUGCGUUACCUUGAGAGCUGCUCCGUUUCAGCACCGCGGACAGCGCAGAUCGCCAUGACUCCGAUUGUGGUGAGCGGGGCAAGCUUUGAUGAUGUGCCGGCAGUUGUAGGGAUAGUAAGUGCGUUUGGCCUGAUAUUUACAAUGUCCAUGUUUGCAUGGAUCUGCUGUCAGCGCAAGUCGUCAAAAGCCACCAAAACCCCUCCUUAUAAAUUUGUGCACAUGCUGAAAGGAGUCGACAUCUAUCCCGAGAACCUAAGCAACAAAAAGAAGUUCGGGGCAGAUGAGAAAUCCGACAACAAAGAUAAAGACUCUUCCAAAGCCAAAAUACCAAAGAACUCUCUCCAUCUGGACCUGGAGAACCGUGAUCAGAACGGUAAUUUCACCAAAACUCCUGCCAAAGUCCGCAGCUCCCCAGAAAUCGAGAACGUCCCGUCCAAGCCGUGCACGGACAGCGAGAAAGACAGUGUGACAUCGCAGACCCCUGUAUCAGACAAGCCAACCGCUCCUUCUGAGCGGCUAAACAAUGCGCCUAACCUGGGAUCCUUGACGUUCUCCUUAAAGUACAACUUUGAUAAGAAAGCCUUACUUGUGAACAUUAUAGAGGCUCACGGGCUGCCUGCGAUGGAUGAACAAUCAAUGACAUCUGACCCUUACAUUAAAAUGUCAAUCCUGCCGGACAAAAAGCACCGCGUGAAAACUCGCGUCCUCCGGAAAACCCUGGACCCGGCUUUUGAGGAAACCUUCACGUUUUACGGGAUCCCCUACAGCCAGGUACAAGAGCUGUCUCUGCAUUUCCUGGUGCUGAGCUUUGACCGCUUUUCCAGAGACGAUAUCAUUGGAGAAGUCCUGGUGCCAAUGUCAGGGAUCGAUCUCUCGGAAGGCAAAGUGCAGAUGCACAGGGACAUCACCAAGAGAAACUGUCGGAAAUCUGUGGGCCGUGGUGAAUUAUUAGUAUCCCUUUGCUAUCAAUCUACCACCAACACGCUGACUGUUGUUGUAUUAAAAGCUCGCCAUCUGCCUAAAAAUGAUGUUUCUGGAUUAUCAGCUGCUGACCCUUAUGUGAAAGUCAACCUGUACCAUGAUAAGAAGCGAAUAUCAAAGAAAAAAACCCAUGUUAAGAAGUGUACUCUCAAUCCAGUGUUCAAUGAGCUGUUUGUCUUUGACAUUCCAUGUGAGGGGAUUGAAAACAUCAGUGUUGAGUUUAUGGUCAUCGAUUUUGACAGAAUGAUGAAGAAUGAGAUCAUCGGGCGCCUAGUGCUGGGAGCAUCUGCAGAAGGGACAGUAGGAGAGCAUUGGAGGGAGAUCUGUGAGCACCCAAGACGACAAAUUGCCAAAUGGCAUUGUCUUAGUGAUGGUUAGCAGUCAAACCACGGGUUGGACUUUACUGUUUGAUAAGGAAGGAACAAGCUGUGCAUUAACCAACCCAAAGCCUUUCUGAAGAAUUUUCAAUUUAUACUAAAUACAUAUAAUUUGUACAUCUGAUUGUGGUAUAUAUUGUGAUCUGUACUGUAUAAGAUGAGGUGACGUUGUUCUUUUGUUUGCUAACAAUUUUCAGAAAAAAAGUAGCUAUUAGAAUGGGUAGGCAAAAUAAAACUGUUCAAUGUAUUUCUGCAUUUUGUGUGGCUGUUCGAGUUGGGGAAUUUGUUUCUGGUGAUGACGCUAUUAGCGUGUGUGUUUGAAGAAAAAAGUAGAAUUCAUGGGAAGGUUUUUCAAUGGAAACCUGUAACACAGUGAAUGAACUGAAAAUAUCUGAAGAAAAGCCAUUCUAGUGUUCAUAACUUGAGAAACUAAAAGAAAUUAACAGGUCAUGUGUUACCUUAACAUUGAAAUAUAUUGAAAUGGAGAGACACAGUGAUGGCACAAUGAGUUUGAUGUUGGCUUUUUAAUAACUGGUUUCAGAUCUAGUCUACAUUUAUUGAAUGAAACUUCCUUCUUAUGGGAAACCAAAAAAAAACUUACAUUGAAGGAACUCACUUUCCAGUCAACAAGGGCCCAAAGCAUCAUACAGUUUCUAAUUUGACAUUGGUUGAAACUAAAUUGUCAGCAUUAUUUGGACAGGCAAUAGGAAUCACUGGAUAUGUCAGUGGCAUUGGCAAAGGAGAUGUAUUAUACUUUUGCAGUAAUUGAUGUUUCCCUAAGUUUGAGGUAGUGGUAGGAUUAAGGAAACUUUGUUAUGGAUUUAAUUGUUCUGCACCUGACCGAGAAAUAUUUGAAACUGAUGUUCCAUCCUUAAAGUUGAACAUGUGCCAUUCCUAAUAUUAAAAAUCAAUGCAAAUCCAGAAUGGAUUUUCUUUUAUAAAAUGGAAUUGAGGUGUGAAUGGUAAUAAUUUGAAUAACAGUCAAACAUACUGAGAGAAUUCAUAUUAUUUCAUACAUGUCAUGAAGUUAUUUCUCCACACGCAGCCUCAUAAUUUAAAGUGUUUUGCUAUUAGCAUAUUUUGACAUUUGUGAAUGUUAUAUAUGUAAAUAGUACAUGCUACUUAUCAGAAGCUGUACCUGGAAAACAGUUUCAUAUUAAAACAUUCACAUUGUGCAAUUGUGAAAUACUUUUCAGCCCAGACAAUUUCAUGAUUAAGAUAAAAAAAUGGUGAUUUUGAAGAAGGCUACUGAAACAGGCAAAUCAAUAGUAAAAUCCACAAAAGCUCUCAGUAGUAACUGUUCAAUAUGUAAAGCUGAACUACAUUAGUAUGUGUUUUUCCAGGCCUUUGCCAAUGUUACAUCCCUGUGUGAAAUAAAUAAGUACUUGUUGCUGAGCCUUGAGAGUUGGUUUAUACAUCAAGAGUACCUACGAGUAACGAAAUGGCAGGAAAGACAGUCAGCACAAUGGUAGUUACAUGAGUAUAUCUACUGAACUUUACAAAUUUCAUUGACAUCACAUAUUAGCUAAGUACAAUAUAAUGUGCACAAUGUAAAUAUGAAUCAUAUAGAUAAUGAAUUGGUUUCAAUGACAUCAUGAUGAUUUUGCUUUCAUAAUGGUACCAGUUAUGAAUCAUGACUACCUCCAUAAAUCUUUGGAGAUAAUGCCAUUAUGUGUCAAAUAAAUUAGGUUUUAGGAAUGGAAAAGGUCUGGUUUAAUAGGUAGGCUGCCAAGACAACAGAAAAAACCUUGCAUGUUUUGCCUACCCUAUCUUCUGAAGCUUCAGGUUAAAAAAAUUGCCAUGAAUAUGAAUUUAUUUUGCUCAACUCAGAAACUACAUUAUACAACCAUCUACUUUGUGAGUAAACCAUGCUGAAAAUGUAUUGCAAACCAUGCAUCAAUUAUGCAUGUUUACUUUAAAAUAGACCUCAGUGACAGGUGUAGGAGCACUUGUGAUAUAUGUAAUAAUUAACCAUAUUAGUGAUGCAACCCUAGAAGAUGCAGGAACAGAAUGCAACAUUAAAGUCAUUAUUUGCUAGAAGAAAUACCAGACAGUGAUUAUAGCUUUGAGAAUGCCAUUUGAUCUUGAGUGUCAAUGCAGUUAGUGAAUUGGAUUUUUCUGUCACUGAAUCUUGUGGUUCCAGGAAAAAUCAUUGUUUAAAACAUUAAUGAGCACUCAGUACCUUUAUUGAUUCAGUCUCUUUGAAUUUUAAUGGACGAUAUUUUCAGUUACCAUAUAACAAACAUUGCCAUGUAUGUUUACUAUAGAUGGUUCAUGUCAUAUUUUUAAGUUUAGCACUUAUAAUCUUCUGCUUAUUUUUAAAACAAAGGGCUCAACAUAUUUUUAAGCUGCUUUUGGGCACGCACACUGCCAGAGACCAAAUUUCUUACCUUUUGAUGGAUAGAUCCAGCUCGGCUCACUUUGGGAAUUAGGUGUAAUUUGUGAAAGGAUGACCUGUAGUGAAACAUUGAUAUGCAUUUUUUAGAUUGAAAAUAGGGAGAAAUGUUAGAUAAAAUAUACUUUUGUAGGAUAGGAGUAAGUGUUAGUGAGUUUACAAUGGUUAGCACAGAUGAAUUUGGCUUGGCAAGAUCUAAAUGGUCAAAACAAAUCAGAUUGAGUCUGGGCCAAUUCAGAAAGAAACUUUACUUUAUUCCAGCCAUCUGGCAUUUUAAUAUAAAAAGCUGAAAUCUAAUGCUAGCAUGUCAGUUCAUUACUAUGCAGCAGGGGAUUGACACUGUCACCACAUGGGAAAAGAUGAGGCUGCCUGAAGCCACAGUAGUAAUCAUGGUUCUAUUGCUGUUUGUGCAGCUUAAAGGAUACCUGUUACUGUUGUAGUUUCUUUGCUUUCAAAUUAAUACAUCAAUUUAGAAUGCAACAAAACCACGGCAUUAUUCUCCUUCCAUUCCCCAAAAUAGUGAUUAUCUAUUUGUUGGCUGUCAGAUAGGGUUAAUGCGUUUUUACUUGAACAGUCACAGAUUCAUCAAUAAAUACACAACUGUAACAAAGGUCUAAUUAAUAUAUUCAAACCAAGUGUAGUAUUUUCAAGCAAAAUAUUAAAGAAUGUCUGAACACAGUAUCAUGUCACUAUGACCAAAAUUAUAUAAUAGAAUUCAUGAAUAAUUGCAGAGCUAUUUCAACUUCAUAUUCAUUGAUGUAUCUAUUCUAUGCAUCGACCAUAUAUACAAUUUGUUUCAGAUAGCUUUCACAUUUAGGAAGAAUGGUUUUUUAAAUUCCUGACAAUUAAUUAAUUUUAACAUUAUCAUUUUUUUCAGUUCACAAUACUGUUCAAAACAUUGCAAUUACAGUUGUAAUUUUUGUAAAAUAGUUUUGAAUAAUUCUGAAAGAUGUAACUGUGUGGUUUGAAAUGUUGAUGUGCUCAACUUACAUACCCAGAAACUCCAGUAUUAAUAGGUCACAGCAGUAUAUAUAAUUACACUGUGUAAAUCUGUACACGUAAUAUGUUUUGUAUGUUGCAUUACAGUGUUUACAAUCAAUUAAGUAAAAGAAUGCACACAUUUGCAUCGUGUGUCGUAGCAAUGUAAAUUACUGGCGAUGAUUGUAUUUAUUAACUUAUUUGUGCUGUUAAUGUAAGAGUAAGGUGCACAAGGAGUUUUUCUUUUCAUGAAAAAAAAUCACCUUAAUACUGAGUAAAAUUUACCAUCUGCUAAAGUCUUGUGCCUAUGUGUUUUGUGUGUGUUGAACAAGAAUAAAGCACUACAUAACUUGA